AUUUGAUUUGGUCUAAUAAACACAGCAGCCGAGUGCCAGUCGAGGAUAUAGCAACACCGAGGAUUACUGUGAGAUAGUGUGAGAGCCAGUGCUAAAGUGAGUGCGUUGUGAGAACCGUGAACCCAGCAUCCGUGCAGCAUCUACCCUAGUUACGUUGCCCAUACGCACCGUUGACCCAGCCAUGAAAGCCUUCAUCCUGAUGUCCUGCCUGGCGCUAGCCGCCGCCCGUCCCGAAGCGGGCUACAACUACAAUCGUCCCGGAGGCGGCGGCGGCUCCGGAGGCGGCUCCCAUGGAGGUGGCAUCGGAGGCGGCUUCGGCGGCAGCUCCGGUGGCGGAUUCGGUGGAAGUUUUGGUGGCAGCAGUGGAGGUGGCUUCAGUAGCGGAGGAGGCGGUGGCUUCGGAGGAGGCGGCGGCGGCGGUUUCGGAGGUGGAUCCGGCGGUGGUUUCGGAGGCGGCUCCGGCGGUGGCUUUGGAGGCGGAUCCGGCGGAGGCUUUGGAGGUGUGUAAUUUCCAGGAUGUAGGGUUCUUCAAGAAAUUAUUAAACAAAAUAUCUAAUAACUCUUAGGUGGUAGCAUUGGUGGCUUCGGAGGCGGCGGCGGUGGUGGCACCACUUUGGUGCAGAAGCACAUCUACGUGCACGUCCCACCACCAGAGCAGGAGGAAGUGCGUCAGCGCCCUAAUCUGCCUGUGGGUCAGGCCCAGAAGCACUACAAGAUCAUCUUCAUCAAGGCCCCAUCGCCACCCUCGUACCAGGCUCCGGUCAUUCCCGUGCAGCCCCAGAACGAGGAGAAGACCCUGGUCUAUGUGUUGGUGAAGAAGCCCGAGGACCAGCAGGAUAUCGUCAUCCCCACGGCCGCGCCCACACAGCCCUCGAAGCCGGAGGUGUACUUCAUCAAGUACAAGACCCAGAAGGAGUCGGGCGGCGGCAUUUCGGGUGGCAUCUCGGGCGGUCUCUCUGCCAGCAGCGGCGGAUUCACCCAGACCAACACCGGCGGCGGCUACACAUCGGGCGGCGACUCCGGCUUCACCGGCGGCGACAGCGGCUCCAUCUCGGCCCCGUCCAGCAACUACGGCCCGCCCGGCAAGUCCGGACCGUACUAACUCGCCCACUCACCCCCUGCGAACUUCGAACUCGGCCCAAGCUGCUGACUAGUCCUGAAAGCUGACACGCCCCCAGUUUCCGCUCGGAAAGCACCAUCAUCCAUGCAUCCCAUUAACCAUCACUACGAUCUUUAACCAUUGUCCUGGGAACCCUCUCAGUCUCGAAGGGGGCGGCGCUUUCGCCCACCACUUUUGUACAUAAUACGUUUCCCCCCACGACUCACUCUCUGCUGCCCCCACUCAUCUGUACAUUUUCACCGAUUUUCACUCCACAUUGCCUACUUUCCUGCCCCGGAAGAAGACGAACUCUAUUAGCGAAUAGGCGACGGGCGGCGGGUUCCUCGGCUGGGAACUCCGCCCGGCGCCCGGAAGAGCGACGACGACGAUGAUAUGUAGCAGAUGAUUUAGCGGGGCUUGACACAAUGCUCCAUACAUAUAAAUAUAUAUAUUUUAAUUAUACUAGGAAUAAGUACUUUAUGCACAAUAAAAAAAAACA